CAAGCCGUUUGUCUUCUCGAAGAGGCACACACAGCCAAGAGAUGGGCAUGGAGAGGUACGCAGGCCGCGUCGCCCUGGUAACGGGCGCCAGCUCCGGCAUAGGAGCCGCCAUCGCGCAGGCGCUGCUCCGGAGGGGACUCACCGUCGUCGGGCUGGCCAGGAGGGUCGACAGGGUCAAGGCGCUCGCGCUGAAGGACGCGCCUGGCACACUUCACGCUGUCGAGGGAAACGUUAGCAGCGAGGAGAGCAUCUUCGCAGCGUUCAAGUGGAUCAGGGAGAACCUGUCUGGCGUCGACAUCCUGGUCAACAACGCCGGCUUGGGCAACGACAGCGAUGUGACGUCAGGCAAGACGGAAGACUGGAAGCGUAUCCUGGACGUGAACGUGCUGGGUCUGAGCAUCUGUACCAGGGAGGCCAUGCAGGACAUGCUGAGGAGGGGCGUCGACGAUGGAUUCAUCAUCCACAUCGGCAGUGUGCUGGGCCACGUGCCUCCUGGUAGCAGCAUAUCGGCAAUGUACAGUGCGAGCAAGCACGCAGUCAGGAUGCUGCUGGAAGGACUAAGGAAGGAUCUGGUCGCCAGGAAGAGCAACAUCCGCGUUGGGGAAAUUUCUCCGGGAGCUGUGAAAACAGAAAUCAUCAAGACGAACUUCAAAAUACUGCCUCCAAACUUUUUCGAUACGAUACCGACCAUGGAACCAGAAGAUAUAGCAGAGGCAGCAGUUUACAUGUUGUCUCAACAUCCACGGGUCCAGGUUCAAGACAUCAUCAUAUAUCCUACAUGCGGUGAAUAAUGUCUACGCUGUUUUUAUAAACUGUUUCCAGAAUUGAGUUGUUGACUUGUAUUAAAAAAUAAUUGAUUUUUAGUAGAAC